CCUGCAGAAGCAGCAGGACCUCAGCCGGGGCAGCAGCUGAGACUGCAGCGGCAGCUUCACAGGGCAGGAGCCAAUUCUUGGAGGAGACCUGAGCACAGGGCAUGGGUUGCCGUGGUGCCCUUUUUCUCUGCCUGUGCCUUCUGACUUUUCAGACCCUGAUGGCAGAUGCAUCAGAAAAACUUCUGCAUUGGAUGGAGAAAAUGGAGCGACAAAGGGGCCGCAGAAUGCCUUCUCCUGAUCAGCAAGUCCACACCCUGGAGCAGAUGCUGCUGAACGUCAGCUUCCCGGGCUACAACCUGACCUUGCAGACAAGCACCAUCCAGUCUCUGGCCUUCAAGCUGGGCUGUGACUUUGCAGGUCUCGCCCUGAGCAGUGACACUCUGAAGCCGGUACCUCAGGUUAGAGGUGGUGGAGCCCGGGAUCAACACGCCAUGCAGUUUCCCGCUGAGCUGACCCAAGACGCCUGUAGAGCUCAACCUGGGAAUCUGCGGCUCAUCUGCAUCUACUUCUUCACAGCUUCCUUUUUCAAGGAUGACAACAACUCGUCUCUGCUUAAUAACUAUAUCCUGGGGGCCCAGCUGAGUCACGGACAUGUGAACAACCUCAGGGAUCCAGUCAACAUCAGCUUCUGGCACAACCAAAGCCUGGACGGCUACACGUUGACCUGUGUCUUCUGGAAGGAGGGAGCCAGCAAGCACCACUGGGGGGCGUGGAGCCCCGAGGGCUGUCACACAGAGCAGCCCUCGCCUUCCCAGGUGCUGUGCCGCUGCAACCACCUCACCUACUUUGCGGUUCUCAUGCAAUUGUCCCCAGCCCCGGUCCCUGCAGAGUUGCUGGUGCCUCUCACGUACAUCUCCCUCGUGGGCUGCAGCAUCUCCAUUGUGGCUUCACUGCUCACAGUCCUGCUGCACUUCCAUGCCAGGAAGCAGAAUGACUCCAUAACACGCAUCCAUAUGAACCUGCACGCCUCUGUGCUGCUCCUGAAUGUCGCCUUCCUCCUGAGCCCCAUGCUGGCCGUGCCCCACGUGCCCAGGUCUGCAUGCAUGGUGCUGGCUGCCACCCUCCACUACACGCUGCUCAGCUGUCUCACCUGGAUGGCUAUUGAAGGCUUCAACCUCUACCUUCUCCUCGGCCGCGUCUACAACAUCUACAUCCACCGAUAUGUGCUCAAGCUCUGUGCUCUGGGCUGGGGGCUCCCGGCCCUCCUGGUGCUGUUUCUCCUCGCUGUCAAGAGCUCAGUGUACGGACUCUAUACCAUCCCCUUCUCCACCAGCCAGGAGAAUGUUACCGCCUUCCAGAACAUGUCCAUGUGCUGGGUGCGGAACCCCGUGGUACACAGCAUCCUGGUCAUGGGCUAUGGUGGCCUCACGUCCCUUUUCAACUUGGUGGUGCUGGCCUGGGCACUGAGGGCCCUGCGCAGGCUGCGGGCGCGGGUGGAGGGGCAGGGCGCACGGGCCUGUCGGGACACUGUCACUGUGCUGGGCCUCACCAUGUUGCUGGGGACCACCUGGGCCUUGGCCUUCUUCUCCUUUGGUGUCUUCCGGCUGCCCCAGCUGUUCCUCUUCACCAUCUUCAACUCGCUCUACGGUUUCUUCCUCUUCCUGUGGUUUUGCUGCCAGAGGUGCCACUCAGAGGCAGAGGCCCAAGCAGAGAUGGAGGCCUUCAGCUCUUCCCAGACAGUGCCAUAGUCUGGUCUUCCAGGCCUGGAGCCCUCAGCCUCUCUAGCUACCUCCAGACCAGGGCCCUGGCUCCCACUAAAGAAGGCGGCAGGCCUGCUGCUGGACAUCCGAGGCCACUGUGUCCCCCUGGGAGCCUUUUCUACCUCCAUU